AGCCGGAAGCCUACUCCGCGGACUGUGCACAGUUCUUGAGGUGGGAACAGAAGAGAAGGCUCGGGCGGCCGGGGAGGGGGUGCCCAGGCUCUGCACAGAUCCUCAGGGGCUCCUGGCAGCAGGAAAGAAGCUAUACAUCAGAGUGGGGGACGUCUCUCCUGCUCCCCUCGUUAAUUUCACAAGCACCACACUGAGCGGCUGAGUGCCCAGCUCCCUGCAGCGCGAGGGUACAGAUCCAUCAGCCAGCACUUGACCACGGGGAGCUGCCCGCCUAGCAAUGACUGGUUCUGACUGAUGGUUGACUGGGCAGGAUGGUGACAGGUCACCCAGGGACUUGUGCCCUGGGGCUGCCUGGCAUCUGGGGGCCUCCUCAGAGCCAGGGCUCUUUCUGGUUGAGGCUGAGACUCACUGGUGUCAUCAGGCCCCUCUAUGAAUGAGACAAACAAAACACUUGUGGGGCCCUCGGAGCUCCCCACAGCAUCUGCUGUGGUCCCUGGCCCAGGGACUGGGGCUCGGGCGUGGCCUGUGCUGGUAGGAUUUGUGCUGGGAGCUGUGGUCCUCUCGCUCCUCAUCGUACUUGCUGCCAAAUGCCACCUCUGCCGCCGAUACCAUGCCAGCUACCGGCACCGCCCACUGCCUGGGACAGGAACAGGGGGCCGCCCACAGGUGGCUGAAGAUGAGGAUGAUGAUGGCUUCAUCGAGGACAAUUACAUUCAGCCUGGGACUGGCGAGCUGGGGACAGAGGGUAGCAGGGACAACUUCUCCCUCUGAGCUCCCAUCUUUGGAUCCUCCCCAUUCCCUCCAUGCCUGACAGCUUAAGGACAGUGGUUAUGACACAGGGGUUCCUCGAACCUCAGGGACAGAGGUGGCUGGGGCUUAAAGGUUGGUCAGGGAUGGAGUAAACCUCACUUCCCUGACACUAGCCAGCAAAGUGACAAUGACCCUCUCUUGCUCAAUAACUCUCAAUGGUUCCCUGCUGUUCUCAGGAUAAAGCCAAAGGCUUGAGUGUGGACAUAA